AUGGCAGAGACACACAUUCUCCUGAUCCUGGUGCUAAUGUUCCUGGAGAAACUGUUGCUGACAAAUUCAAAAGUGCUAUUACCAGAUGCCAACGUCACCUGCAUCAUCCCUGACGACUGCAUCCUGCCCUGUAGCUUCAGACCCACCGGCACUGUGGUGAUCCACUGGUACAAGCAGCAGAUCCCCGUUCACAGCUAUUACUACAACAAGGAUCAAUUUGGACUGCAGAACAAACACUUUAGUGGAAGGACUUGCUUGUUCAACUCAAACAUCCCUCAUGGCAAUGCCUCCCUGCUCCUCAGGAGGGUCAAAGUUCAAGACAAGGGCAGGUACAAGUGUUACACGAGCACACGGAAGGGCAACCAGGAGAUCUUUAUCAACCUGGAGGUGAAAGCUCUCAUCCAGUCAGUGGUCAUGGAGAUGACUGAUGAGAUGGUCACCUGCUCCUCUCACAACAUCUACCCCGUCCCUCAGGUGACAUGGGCCACGGAUCCCCCCUCAGCCCAGGAAGCGCUCGAAAAUUCAACCAUCAAAACCACAGACCACAAGGGUCUGCUCACCGUCGAAAGCACGCUGAGGAUUCUGGGUAAUCUCUCCAGUUAUACCUACUUCUGCUCUGUCAUAGCGGCUGACAAGACCCAGGUGUGGACUGCGUCUCGGAAAAACCAAGAGGGUAUGACACAGGAGGAGGGUCAUGCACUGUCCAUCCCCUGCAUCGCUCCGCACAGUCUCCAGAAUUUUUCCCUCAUCUGGACCUUUACCUUGUCCUCUGAGCCCACAGUUAUCUUAAGAUAUGAAACAAAAACCAGACACACCUUUAACCUGUGGGAGGGCCUAGCUGAACUGGACCAGGACUUGCUUCUUCUGGGCAACGGAUCUCUCCUGCUUCACAAGCCAGACAUUGAGGAGCAGUCUGGAACGUAUACGUGCACCCUCUCGGGCCUGCAGAGCAGACACAUUGUUCAAACCAAAGUAAACAUCACUGUUGCAUCAAUAAGUGUGGGCGAGCAGAGUGUGCAGAGGUCAUGGUGGAGCACGGCAGCUUCCGCAGCUUUUUUCUUGUUCACUAUCACUGUAGCUCUCCCUCAUUGUGUAAGGCUGAGAGCAAUGGAGACCAGAAGUGCCUCGCAGAGAUUGAACGGAGCAGGUUUUGUUGAAGUUAGGCUUCACAAACAUCUAAACACCACGGCUUCAUACAUAAUCGGACAGCGUGGAGUUGAAUGCAACAGACUCCAGCUACAGUUUGAAGUGGCAGGCAGGUCGCCAAACACAGUGGACGACUGCACUGAGGCUUUACCACCAGGUGCUAAAAUAGAGCAAGAAGGAAAUCCAGGAGGGCCACCUGUGGGAAGAAAUGAUGGGCUGCUAUCCAGUAGUCUAGAGAGGGAUGGGUUUGGAAACAUUGAGCAUAUAUCAUGA